AUGACCACGAAACCCAGCAUCUCGAUCAAUCCCCUGAAUAAGCAAGCACCCACAAGAGACUAUCCGACCUCCACGGCCGUCAAAGAGAAACUGCCCAGUCCCAAAUCGAGUAAGACUCACCCGAGCAAGCAAUUUUCACGCAGCAAUGACGAUAAUGCGAGUCUCUUUUUCGUCGGGACCGCUACUACUAUAAUCGAGUGGAAAGAUAUGAGACUGAUGACGGACCCAAAUCUACUCCACGCGGGUGAGCACGUCCACCUUGGUCCAGGUGUGACAUCGAUGCGGAGGACAAAUCCUGCUGUCGACCUACAUGAUCUGCCACAUAUAGACCUCGUCCUGCUAUCACACUACCACGAAGACCACUUCGACAAAGAAGUCGAGGCCUCGUUGCGCCGGGAUCUCCCCAUCAUCACCACGCCACAUGCCAAAUCAUGCCUCACCACGUUAAAAAGUGACGCAGACUCCUUCACCAAUAUUCACGCCCUCGAUAAAUGGGACAACAUGUUCGUCAACAUCUCCGUCCCGACCAAGCCCGACCUCAAUUCAUACAUCCUCCCGCGGCUGAGGGUUGAGGGUAUGCCCGGUAAACACGUCGGAGAUGGGCUGUUGUCUAAAGCUAAUGACCUCCUGGGCGCCGUCCCGCCCACCAACGGCUGGAUGCUGGAACUCGGCUACGCGCCGCCAGCGCAUGCAGCGUCCUUCAACAACCAAGACGCCACAGUCUCCGCCGACGUCAAUUCCCGGGACUUCGCUUGUGGAUACCGCAAUUAUAUUUCAGGCGACACCCUAUACGUGAACGAGCUGGCUCGAAUCUCCGAGUUGUACACUCAUGCGGGCAAGCCAAUUGACCUGAUGCUAAUCCACUUGGGAGGAACUACCUUACCAGGCCCUCAAAUGCCACUUCUGAUGGUGACCAUGGAUGCGCAGCAGGGUUUGGCGCUGGUCAAGCUCAUCCAGCCCGACUUGACGGUGCCAAUUCAUUACGAGUGA